AUGACCGGACAGGAAUUAUAUGAUCUGGGAGUGCUUCACUUGGGUGAGCAGUAUGUGUUUGGCGCCAGUGUGCCCAAGAACAAUAAAAAGUGGAAAGGCCCCUGGGACUGUGCAGAAUUUGCAUCCUGGCUGGUGUACCAGGUGUCGGGUAAUUUGUAUGGCUGCUACAGCAGUGUAUCUAACCCUGCUACUGCUGACGCCUAUACCGGAUACUGGCACCGCGAUGCACAGAGGUUGGGCAAGAUUAUCACCCUGGAAGAUGCGGCCAGAACACCCGGGGCUGCGGUGUUACGGGCUCCCGCCAGCGGUGUAGGGCUGGAUAUGGCGUUGGGCGCUGAUUAUCCGAAUUACAGCCGGGUAGAGAUCCCGGAUUAUAUCAUUCCGUUUGUGCCGGAUGCGCUCCGGCUGGGCUUCACCACCGCUCAAUUGGAUUGGUGUAAAGAGAAUGAGGCUGGUAUCUAUAACUUUUUAGUAAAAGACUUACGCUAUCAGCGGAACUUCGGCAUUGCCGCACACAUUGACGCGGGCAAGACCACAACUACAGAACGUAUCUUACGUUAUACCGGUAUGAUUCACCGUAUUGGUGAGGUGCAUGAUGGCGCCGCUACUACGGAUUGGAUGGAGCAAGAGAAAGAGCGUGGCAUUACCAUCACUUCAGCUGCCGUUAGCUGUAAGUGGGGUUUCCCAACCAAUAAGGGUAAGGCUGAUGAUAACACAAAGGAAUAUUCCUUUAACAUCAUCGAUACACCGGGUCACGUGGAUUUUACCGUAGAGGUAGAACGUUCUAUGCGUGUACUGGAUGGUCUGAUCGCAUUGUUUUCUGCCGGUUGA